GGGCUGCGGUGAUAAGAUAAUACCGAUGGCCACCCUGCCCUGGUAUUGUAGCGCAAUCGUCUUUUAAUUAAAUUGCACACUUUCAGCAGUCGUUAGAGAUUUUGCACCUGCCCCCAGCACUAGUGUCCCUCUAGAUCAGCCAGCAGACAAUCAACGUAUCCCGUUACAUGCCCAGGUGCAUUCCCCAUCUCCUGUCCAUCAAUCCCUGCCCGAGUCCGAGUGCGUAGUGAUAUUUCGGGGUCUUGUGACACCUGCGCUCGGCGUGUGUGGGAAGUGCCCGGACCCGAACCCGAAACCGGACGCGGAGAGCGAGAGCCAUGUAUAGGGUGGUGAUCGGAGGACUGGGCCGCUCGAUCCCAGCCGGAGGACAUGUGUGGAGUGGCCACAGUGGCAGGGCCACGCGCUCACUGAGUGUAGCCGCCGGGCACACGGAUCCUGCCGAUGAGCAAGUCUUGCGUAAGCGCAAGUUCCAGCCCCAGCAGUCGCCCGAUGCGAGCGAGCAGCUGGCUGGCCAGCUGCCCGGACGGGCGCGCGUCGUCAUCUGCGGCGGCGGCAUCACGGGCGCCUCGGUGGCCUACCACCUGGGCCUGCAGGGCUGGGGCGGCGAGACGCUGCUCAUCGAACAGGACCGCGUGGGCGGAGAGCUGCCGUGGAGCGCCUGCGGCCUGGCGGGACGCUUCGAGCCGAGCUACACGGAGCUGAAGCUGGCCGAGUACUCCAUCGAUCUGAUCAAGCGGUUGACGGAGCGCGGCCUGCCCACCGGUUGGCGGCAGGUGGGCAGCCUCAACCUGGCCCGCAACUUUGACCGGAUGACCUCGUUCAACCGCAUGAAGUCGCAGGCCGUGGCCUGGGGCAUGAACUGCGAGAUCCUGUCGCCCGAGCAGUGCCAGCAGCACUGCCCGCUGCUCUCGCUGGACGGCAUCCAGGGCGGCCUUUGGAUACCCGAGGACGGCGUCUGCGAUCCCCAUCUGGUGUGCCACGCCUACGUGGACGAGGCCCGCCGCCUGGGCGUCCAAAUCGUCGAGCACUGCGCCAUCAAGAAGAUCCACAGCGAGCACGGCAAGGUGAAGCGGGUGGAGACGACGGCCGGGGACGUCGACUGCGAGUACUUCGUGAACUGCACCGGAUUCUGGGCCCGCGAGGUGGGCACGCUGUCCAAGCCGGUGGUGAAGGUGCCCCUGAAGGCGGUGGAGCACCACUAUCUGCACACGCAGCCCAUAGAGGGCCUCGAUCCGAACACGCCGUUUGUGCGCGACUUCGACGGGCGCAUCUUCUUCCGGGAGUGCGAGGGCCACAUCCUGGCCGGCGGCUUCGAGCGCGAGGCGAAGAUGGUGUACGAGGACGGGAUAAUCCCCCUGUCGCAGACGGCACGCCAGUUCCCGCCGGACUGGGACCACUUCCACGAGCUGCUGGACGCCCUGCUGGUGCGCGUGCCCUCGUUCCGGCAGGCCAAGCUCGACAGGCUGACCAAUUCGCUGCAGGUCUUCUCGCCCGACUGCAAGUGGAUACUGGGCGAGGCGCCGGAGAUCCAGAACUACUAUGUGGCCGCCGGCAACAAGACAAUGGGCGUGUCCGCGUCCGGCGGCAUCGGCCGCGUCCUCACCGAUCUCAUCACCAAGGGCUCCACGUUCCUCGAUCUGCACAUCCUCGACAUCAGCCGCUUCCUGGGGCUGCACAACAACCGCAAGUUCCUGCGCGACCGCUGCAAGGAGGCGCCCGGCAAGCACUUUGAGAUCAACUACCCCUUCGAGGAGUUCCAGACGGGACGCAACCUGCGCAUGUCGCCCAUCUAUCCGCAGCUGAAGGAGGCCGGCGCCGUCUUUGGCCAGUCCAUGGGCUACGAGCGGGCCAACUAUUUCGACCAGCAGGACAAGAAAGAUGAGUUUGGUCUGCCACGGUUCCGCAUUGCCCAGACACGAACCUUUGGCAAGCCGCCCUGGUUCGACCACGUGGCCUCCGAAUAUCGCGCCUGCCGCGAGCGUGUCGGCAUCGCCGACUACAGCUCGUUCACCAAGUACGACUUCUGGUCGAAGGGCAACGAGGUGGUCGAGCUGCUGCAGUAUCUCUGCUCGAACGACGUGGACGUGGCCGUGGGCUCCAUCAUACACACGGGCAUGCAGAACCACAACGGCGGCUACGAGAACGACUGCUCGCUGGCCAGGCUGUCGGAGCGACACUACAUGAUGAUUGCCCCCACCAUACAGCAGACGCGAUCCAUGUGCUGGAUACGCAAGCACAUGCCGGAUCACCUGAGGGCCAAGGUGAAUGUGGCGGACGUCACCUCCAUGUACACGGCCAUCUGCAUCCUGGGCCCCUAUUCGCGCAUCCUGCUCUCCGAGCUCACCGACACGGAUCUCACGCCCAAGAACUUUCCCUUCUUCACCUACAAGGAACUCGACGUGGGCCUGGCCGACGGCAUACGCGUGCUGAACAUCACCCACACGGGCGAGCUGGGCUACGUCCUGUACAUACCCAACGAGUACGCGCUGCACGUCUACUCGCGGCUCUAUCAGGCUGGUCACAAGUUCAACAUGAAGCACGCGGGCUACUAUGCCACACGGGCGCUGCGCAUUGAGAAGUUUUACGCGUUUUGGGGCCAGGACUUGGACACCUUCACCACGCCCCUGGAGUGUGGGCGCAGCUGGCGAGUCAAGUUCAAUAAACCCGUGGACUUUAUUGGACGGGAUGCCCUGCUGAAGCAACGGGAGGAGGGCGUCAAGCGCAUGUAUGUGCAGCUGCUGCUGAACGAUCACGACCACGAGGUGGACAUGUGGUGCUGGGGCGGCGAGCCCAUCUACCGGGACGGCGUCUACGUGGGCAUGACCACCACCACCGGCUACGGCUACACGUUCGAGAAGCAGGUCUGUCUCGGCUUUGUGCGCAACUUCGAUGAGCAGGGCCGCGAGCUGGCCGUGACCAAUGACUACAUCCUCUCCGGCCACUAUGAGGUGGAGGUGGCCGGCGUCCGGUUCGAGGCCAAGGUGAAUCUGCACUCGCCCAAUCUGCCCACCAAGUUCCCGGAUCGCGAGCGCGAGGCCUACCAUGCGACGCGCGACAAGCCCGAUCAGGCGGAUCUCUUGUCCUUCGGCUCCAAUCUGACAACGGUGACAAGGGGCGGCGGCGGCCCCUGAGCGGAUAGUCCAGGACAAAGUCCUCAUCCCCGAUAGCCAUAUGCUCGGGCAUCGGGCAUCGGGCAUCGGUCGUUCGUUCGUUCGUUUCUAGAUUAACUCGAGAGUCUCAAAAGCCAAGCGAUAUUAUUUUGACGUAGUGAAUGAUAUAAAAGGAGACGGGCAGAGGGAGGGCCUGCCAAUAUGUCGGAUUGGGAGACAACAAUAAUAAUACUUGUUUGCUCAAUCAUUGAAUCUCCCUACCGCCCCACCGCCCUUCCCACAGCUGAUCUGAUAUGAUCCGAUCUGAUAUGCGCCUCUCUUUCUGUUUAAGUAUGAUUUCUGUUUUGUUUUCCUGCGUGUGUGAACGUGCGUCAAUUAAUCCAGAUACAAUAACCCCUACGAGCAUAGCCCAUAUAUAUAUAUGUUGUAGCUAUAGCCAUACGGCAUGUACAUAUAUGCACAUAUAUUGGAUGAUAUUUCGGUGAUUUUGGAGUGUUGUUGCACAUUGUUAAAACAGGCACAAAGCAAUCUUUCUACCAUCUACCAUCUACCAGCUCUGCUUCAAUUGUUAAUGCUGGAUGCUGGCACUUGGGCAAGUUUAAGCCAAAAAAUGCUUCUAGUAGAAAUACCAAAAAGAAAGAAAAUUAAUUAUUAAUAAUAAAUAACACCAGAGGGAACGGGUGGAACGUCUGGGGGUGACGAUCUGAGCAACUAUUCUUUAAGGUUUUUACUAACACAACGUUCGACAGUUUCUAUUUUUCGUGUGGUGUACAUUAAUGCUGGUGUACAGAUAUCAUAUUGAAUAUAUUUGUUAUUAUACGUAUGCAUUAAUAAAUGAACAGUUUAUACAUACAUA